CCCUGUAGGUUCACAGCGGGGAUCCGCUCCCUUCGCCCCCGGGUCCUGCGCCGGAGCUUUUGCCACCCGGUUGGUCAGCUGCCUGCGCUCUAAAGCCACGGCUGGGAGCGUCCUGAAAUGGAUCCGGGCUGGUCUGGUCUGGGCUGUGCUGCACUCAGGCAGAGGGCGGGGAGGGGUCAGCGCUGGAACCCGAGCUGAGACUGAGGAGCCGGACCCACGGGAGCCAGGGCGGGGGCCGGCGCGCCGGAGCGCUGGCCCUGCGCCGAACGGACACUCGGACCUUGCCCAGGCCGGAAAGCACGGGGAAGGCUCCUCCCAGAGCUUGGACUCCCUGUGCAGCAGUGGCCCUCUGGUGAUGGCUUUAUUGCCAGCCCAUUUAAUGGAUGAGGAAGAUGAGGCCCAGAGAGGAACAAUGUCUUUCCCAAGAUCAGACUCCGGACCAGGGAGACACUCACAAGGAAAAGACCGGGGAGUGCUGCUGCCUACAAGGUCUCCACCUUUCUGCUGCAGGUUUUCGGACAUUCUCACCCUUUGGGGAGAAAGUGGUUUUGUUAUCUCAACCCUCUGCCUUCAUCGGUCAUUAAUCUUUCUUUUUCUAAUUCCUUGGGCCAACUUUGACCACGCUCCAUACCCUACCCUUAGCCCUUUGACAAAGUUUUGGUGUCUGGAAACCACCCACUGGGGCUUCUGGCUGAGCGGUGAGAGGAGGCAGCAGGAAGGCGGUGAUCUCGGUGAGUGGACUGUCUCCAGCCUCGGCAGCCAGGCCCGCGUGGUGCGGCCACUAUGUCCACCAAGGCGCCCAUCUACCUGAAGCGCAGCAGCCGCAAGGGCAAGAAGGAGAAGCUGCGGGACCUGCUGUCCUCAGACAUGAUCAGCCCGCCACUGGGGGACUUCCGCCACACCAUCCAUAUCGGCAGUGGUGGCGGCAGUGACAUGUUUGGUGACAUCUCCUUCCUGCAGGGCAAGUUCCACCUCCUUCCAGGGACAGCAGUCGAGGGACCCGAGGAGGACGGCACCUUUAACCUCCCCUUCCAGUUCACCCGCACCGCCACGCUGUGUGGGCGGGAGCUCCCCGAAGGGCCUUCCCCUCUGCUUAAGAAUGCCAUCUCCCUCCCAGUCAUCGGUGGGCCCCAGGCCCUCACCCUGCCCACAACCCAGGCUCCGCCCAAACCCCCUCGCCUGCACCUGGAGACCCCUCAGCCCUCCCCACAGCCUUCCCCUCAGGAGGCAGGGAGUGUGGACAUCUGGAGAAUUCCAGAGGCCGGCUCAGCCAGGAAUGGGCUGACCCCUGAGUCUGGGACUGAGGAGCCCUUCCUGUCCCACGCCAGCUCCCUGCUCUCCCUGCACGUGGACCUGGGGCCUUCCAUCCUGGACGAUGUGCUCCAGAUCAUGGACCAGGACCUGGGCCACACGCGGAUCCCCACAUAGGACCUGAGGCAAGCCGGGCUGGAAGCCCAGGCCGAGGUGAAUGCCGGGAAGCAGCAGGUGGACGUGGGCCUGGCCUCGCAGUCCUGAUCCUAAGACCUGCCUGUGUGGUCACCGGCCAGCGAUUUCUGACUUUGACCCUUUGUGUUCCUCCCUCCCACCCUCUCCCCACGGGCAGGGUGCACCUCAUUGCUUUCCCUUACAACCCAUGAAGACACAUGCAGAGCUCAGCCCAAAGGGCCCUGAGCAUGUUGGGCCCCCGGGCCCCCACCGCCAACUGCUCCUCCUUCCCUCACACCCCUGGGACGAAGGCUCUGCUUCAGUGGACUUCCUUUUCACCUCUCCUGCCUUGGCCACCACGGAUGCCCUGGCGGGGGCGUGGGAAAGAGGCAGAGCAUCGCCAGCCAGACUUUUGGGAGCAUGGCAUCAAUGACCCAAUGUCCCUCUGCCCUAUUCUCUGCCACAUGACCAGAGGUUCUGGUUGCAAUAAAACUUGCUGCUGCUCAUA